AUGUCAACUAUCACACGACGACGAGUAGCAGGUGCUUCGUCAAGCACAGAUGACAACAACGCGGUCGAUGGUUCCCAUUCACCUCAUCACAACGCCACUUCACCAUCAUCAGAAAAGAAAAUAGCCUAUGACCCUGACGACAUUGACGAUAGCAAAAGCACACCUCGACUCACACUCAUGGAAGAAGUGUUAUUACUCGGUCUUAAGGAUAGACAGGGUUAUUUAUCAUUUUGGAACGACAGUAUCAGUUAUGCGUUACGUGGGUGUAUUGUGAUGGAGCUUGCUCUUCGAGGACGUAUUGCUAUGGUCAAGGAUUCCAAUCGAAGGAAAUACCCAUUGACAGAUCGAUACAUUGAGGUGAUCAACGACAAACUCACAGGCGAAGUGUUACUGGAUGAAGCUUUGAAGAUGAUGAAGAUCAGUGAAAAGAUGAGCGUUGCCAGCUGGGUUGAUUUGAUGAGCGGCGAGACAUGGAAUGUCAUGAAAAUUGGAUAUCAGCUUAAGCAAGUGAGGGAACGUUUGGCAAAAGGAUUGGUUGACAAGGGCAUCUUGCGAACGGAGAAGCGCAACUUUUUAUUAUUCGACAUGGCAACGCAUCCUAUCGCCGAUACAGCUUGCAAAGAGGAGAUUAUCAAACGUGUAUGUACAAUGCUUGUCACUCGUGUCUCAGCAUCAUCUAUCGAUUCCCAAUCAGACGUUCCACACGCUUAUCUACGCACAGUAUGCAUGAUUUGUGCAGCCUAUGCAGCCAACGUACUCGAGAACGCCUUGCUAUAUAUGCAGCCGGAUUUACGAGAACAAGCUUUCAACAAGGUGGACGAGCUCAUGAAUGAUUUCUCGACAUGGCCAUUUGCAGGAAGUGGUGCAAAGAAUGAUAUACGUCCUGGCUCUGAAUUAUCCUUGGAGGUCGUUGCAGCUACAUUGAAUGUACUUACAAAGAUGGAUGCUAUUGCCGACACUACCGUUACUAUCCGCACUCGCAAGUUCCUUACCAACCGUUUGCUCCAACGCAAGCAAAUGGUCGUUGACGUUAUUCAUCCCGCUCGCCCCAGCAUUUCCAAGGAUGAGCUCCGCGACAAGUUGGCUAAAAUGUACAAGGCCAACAAGGAAGUCAUUUCCGUUUUCGGUUUCAAGACUCACUUUGGUGGUGGAAAGACUACUGGCUUUGCUCUUAUCUACGAUAAUGUUGAAGCUUUGAAGAAGUUCGAGCCCAAGUACCGUCUUGUUCGCAUUGGUCUUGCUGAGGCACCCAAGGGUGGUCGUAAGCAACGCAAGGAAAAGAAGAACCGUGCCAAGAAGUUCCGUGGUACCAAGAAGGCCAAGGCUGCUGCUGGCAAGAAAUAA